AUGCUGAAAAUUUCCAAAAUUAUAAUUCUAAUUCUUCUGGUUUUCACGAGUACUGUAGUUUCGGAUAACUAUACAUGUAAUGCGUGUGGACAAAGAGUUUAUGGGACUUAUUUGCCAAAUGAUGUCCAAACUCUUAUCACAUUUGUGGAAUUGAUGUCUACAGUAAAAUUUUUUGAACUUUUCUGCACUACUACUGUCCAAGCAACAUUCUAUCUAUCAGUGGAGGAUUGUACCAACUACAUCGUGACCCCAUUCAGCUUCUUCUACCGUAUCUUUUAUGCCGUCGCAUUCCCAUUCAGAGACUACUACUGUCGUCCAUUCUGUGAUGGAGGCACUGGAGAGGACUAUGAACUAGUUCUUUGA